UGAUCCUAAUGUGGAAAAUGAUGAACACCUUAGUUCAGAUGGUACCGAUGGGUUUAUGUCGGACCUGACAAAUUCAAUCCCUGGAAUCGAUGAGGCUAUGAGUUUUGGAGAAAUGCUCAAGCUAGUGCAGACUAUGGAUUAUUCUGUCAUAGUGUUUGAUACAGCUCCGACUGGUCAUACUCUUCGGUUGCUACAAUUUCCAUCGACAUUAGAGAAAGGUCUUUCAAAGUUGAUGAGUUUGAGGAAUAAGUUUGGUGGAAUGUUCACCCAGAUGACUCGCAUGUUUGGUGUUGAGAAUGAUUUUGGUGAAGAUGACAUAUUGGGGAAGCUUGAAGGCAUGAAAGAUGUGAUCGAACAAGUAAACAGACAGUUUAAGGAUCCCGAUUUGACUACUUUCAUCUGUGUUUGCAUUCCGGAGUUCCUGUCUCUGUACGAAACGGAACGGCUAGUUCAGGAGCUCACCAGAUUCGAAAUAGAUACUCAUAAUAUCGUUAUUAACCAAGUAAUCUUUGAUGAAGAAGCUGUUGAAUCGAAAUUGCUCAAAGCUAGAAUGCAAAUGCAACGGAAGUAUCUUGAUCAGUUCUAUGUGUUGUACGACGACUUCAACAUAACUAGGCUGCCGUUGCUGCCUCAGGAAGUUUGUGGAGUUCAGGCCUUGCAAGCUUUUUCAAAACAUUUUUUAACACAAUACGAAGCAUCCCUUCAACGAGGGUCGAUAGAGGAGGUGGAGCAGAGAGUAUCGAUCCUAAAAGGAAAGCUCCAAGAAGCUGAAUCGGAACUUGAAAUAGUUAAAAAAGGGAAACAGAAGGCUUGACUC